AUGAAGUCAACUCGUGUAUCUGAUUAUGAUGAUUUAGGUGACACAGCAGACGACAAGAAAAUUGGGAAGAGGAAUAGAUCAAAAAGAAGCAAUCUGCCACGAAAAGAAAGGCGAGUUCAAAGAAAAGGAGUUCAUUGGGGGAUAAAAACCCUACUAGACUUUCUUGAUUCCAUUGGUAAAGAUACAACUGUGAACUCUCGCUGUAUGAUAUACAACCAUUAUUACCGAAUACUGCAAGGAAACCGGUUUUCACACCAGAAAGAAAGAAAAUUCAUUUGUGAUGCAAGGCUGCAGCCUCUCUUGGGAAGGAAGUCAGUGAAUAGAAACAAAUAUAAGCUUGUCUACUUAAGGAGGAGUUUAGUGGAGGAUCUUGCGAAGCAACCAGAAACUUUCGAUGCUAAAGUAAUUGGAAGUUUUGUGAGAUAAUCGGACCCAAAUGAUUAUUUGCAGAAAUCUCAUCAGCUUGUUCAAGUUAUAGGUAAUACCAUCAAGCUUGAAACAGAAAUUCUUCUUCAACUUUCCAAUAGGGUGAAAGAGUUAUCCAUUUCCAAGUUGUCAGACGAUGACUUCCAUGACACUCCAAUGAGAUUUAGUUCUGCUAACUUUUUCUUGGAGCUAUUGUCCUUCAUGUCUCUUAGGGCUAUCGCAUUUUGCGAGAGCUUGCAUGAGGAUAUAACUAAACAUUGGAUUGCAAGGGAGCUGGUUUCAUUACAAAACCGCAUUGAUAGAGCAAAUGAGAAGGGAUGGAGGAGAGAACUUGCCGAGUACAUGGAUAGUCUGCUGCUGCUUCAGACACCAUCAGAGCAAGCACGGUUACAAAAUGAGGCUCCUCAAGUAAUUCCAGACGAAGUAGAACCUGAACCCGCUUGUGAGGAAUCUACAGAAAAAGCUGAACAAGAACAUAAUGAUGAUUCACCGGAAUCAUUCCCUGAAAGAGCUUCGAAGGGUACUAGUUGAGUCUUAUAGGCAAUGGAAAGUGUCAAGCUUAGGGGAUUGCCCUGAGGGUGGUGUUUUGUUAUUGAUUUUUAGCUAGAUUCCUUCUCAUGAGUCUUAUCUGCCAUGUUGGUUUAGAUAGGUUCCAAGAGAAUUGUAUAGCAUCAAGCUUAGGCAUUUGUUUAUUUUUUGCACCCUACGCGGGGAUGU